AUGGCUCAAUUAGUAGCUCAUGAAAAAUUCUUUGAGUUGUUUGUUACUGUAAUAAGUUUUAGUAUAAAAAUAAUUCUUCUGGUAUUAGAAAUAGGUAUUAGGUUUUGUAUAAAACCUCCUUUGUUUCAUAGGUUAAAGUUUUUCAAAAGUGGGUCAACAGAAGGAGUAAAAUAUCGUGGUUCUAGAGAUCUUCCAUCACUUGAAUCAUUUGUGACAAGCACCCUCGGAGAGGAAGAGGUAAAGGAAGAGGUAAAAAUUCCAAAACCAAAUCAUGGGAUGCUUGAACUCACAGACAACACAUUUCAAAAAACUGUACAAAGAGGUCAACAUUUUGUGAAGUUUUAUGCCCCUUGGUGUGGGCACUGUCAAAAAUUGGCACCAGUUUGGCAGGAUUUAGCCAUAUCAUUUGAAUAUGAUCCUUCUGUAAGGAUUUCAAAAGUUGAUUGCACAAGUAAUCGUUUCAUAUGUAAUGAAUUUGAAGUCAAAGCCUAUCCGACUUUAUUGUGGAUUAUAGAUGGUAAAAAGGUAGAGAAGUAUCAAGGAGGGAGAAGUCAUGAAGAGCUUAAAUCUUUUGUUACAAAAAUGAAAGAACUGAACCACAAAAUAGACACAGGAAAUGAAGAGAAGGUUCCUGAUGCUUUGCCCUCACCUGUAGUACAGCUUACAUCAGAAAAUUUUGUUAAUGCUGUAAGUCAAGGCCUCAGUUUUGUGAAAUUUUUUGCACCUUGGUGUGGACAUUGUCGACGGUUAGCUUCAACGUGGAAUGAUCUUGGGAGGAAGUUUGUUAGAAAUACAGAAAUAAAGAUUGCAAAAGUAGAUUGUACUGUUGAAGAUGCAUUGUGCAGUGAAAAUAAGGUGGAGGGCUACCCAACUCUGAUUCUUUUCAGGAAUGGAGAACGUAUUCAAGAAUAUGGAGGAGCCAGAGAUCUUUCUGCUCUGCAUGGAUUUGUGUUGGAGCAUUUACCUCGAGAAGAAUUGUAGUUUAUAUUCUAUACAUUUAGAACUUCAGGGAGUAGAAAAAUAUAAAUAUAGUAAGAUUCAUAGAUUGCUGAAACUUUCUUUAUUUUGUUAUUUGCUUCACUGAUGAGUGCAUGCCAUUAUCUUAGUUGCAAUGUAUGUUUUCUUUUUAUUAGUCACUGUAUAAUUUUGCAUGUCCAAGUUGUGUUCUUCACUUAUUGAUCAAUGCUGAUGAUAAAAAUAGUACUAUACUAAUUUUGUAAUAAAUGAACUUGCACAAUUUCAAGCUGUUGAAAAACACCAUCCCUUUUCGUACAUCUUAUAUGUAUUUUUAUAUUUGUGCUUAAAAGUUCAAAGCUUGAUAUACAGAACAUUUGUAUAGGAAAAUUUUGUUUCAAAUACAUUUGAAAUAUAAUAGCAAAAUGCAUGUAAAAGCACAAGAUAGAAUAAGAAAUGUAUGUUAAGGAAAAGUGCUUAGUCAUUUGGAGUUUUUCAUUUUUUUAGUUUCAAAAUGGAGUUCCUGCAUAAGGUAUCUUUAAAAAUGGACACAUAUUUUAUUAUUUAAAAUAUUUGGUUAUUCUUACAGUAGAAAUUGUUUAACAUAACUCAUGAUAAAGAAGUUCCCAGAGAAACAGAAACACUAUGGAGAAGUAAAGAACUACAAUAAUACAAAUGAAAUGAAAAAAGAAA